UUUGCUUCAUACGAAAAAAUUCAAGCAACAGCCACAAAAAAUUCAAGCUAACUUUAACUUUAGUUUUUUUUGGCUCUAAUUGCUGAUGCUCUAGCCAUGCAUAAUAGCCACAGUCCCAAUCAGGCACCACGACGGAAGCUCAUACCGAAUCUGUUUAGCAGCAUACUGAAGGUGGUUGCCGAGUCGGAUCGUCCUUUGACCCAACAUGAGAUUGUCGAGCAGGUGGCGGAGCGCUUGGAACGCUGCGAUGAGGAGCUGAAGCGUCAGAUAACGGUUAAUCUCAACGAUGCGCUCAUCUAUGGCUACUUGCGUGUGCGUGACUAUCGCUAUUCGAUAGUAUCGAGUCGCUUAGAUCCGAAUGAGCCACGCAAAAGCAACAGCAGCGAUAAAUAGCACAACAAAUUGGGCAAAUAAUAAAAAGUUUUGAACGUUUUUUUUGGC